AUGACGAUGAUAUCCGAUCUUUCCCAGGAUUUGUUAGAUGAUAUAUUCUCUAGGAUUCCAUUGACAUCUUUGAGAGUAAUAAGAUCCACUUGUAAACGAUGGAACGAUUUAUCCAAAGAUCGGAUCUUAUGUAAAGCAGAGGCAAAUCAACUGUUUAUAGGGUUCAUUUUGAAGGAAUUUAAGGUUUUUUCAGCGAAGUUCAAUGUCCAUGAUAUAUUUAACGAAGAUGGUAAAAAGCUCGUUAAUCCAUCUAUAAAGGAGAUGAGUCAUUUAUUUAAUCAAGUUGAGGUACGUGAAAUCAUUCAUUGUGAUGGCUUAUUGUUAUGCGUCAUUAGAGAUUACACUAGCCUCGUGGUUUGGAACCCGUAUUUGGGUCAAAUCAAGUGGAUUGAACCCGUAAACGCUUACAAGAAAUUUGACAUGUAUGCUUUCGGACACGACAACAACAAGAACCGUAACCACAAAAUCUUGAGGAUAUACGAUGAUGACAGUGCAAAGAAGUCACUAGACUACCAGAUAUACGAUUUCAAGUCUAAUUCAUGGAGAGUUAUUGAUGCCACUCCUCACAAUCCUGUAUGGCAUUAUUCUCAACACAGUGCGUCGUUGAAAGGAAAUACUUACUUUCUUUGUGUAGAAUUCAAAAUGGGUUGGGUGGUCGACGAUUUUUUAAUCUGUUUUGAUUUUACAAGUGAGAGAUUUGGACAACAUAUUCCUCUCCCAUCUCACUAUUGUUCUGCAUAUUAUAUGUCUCUAUCUUCUGUUAGAGAAGAGCACCUUACGGUGUUAUAUGAUCGUUGGCACGAAUCUAAGGUUGAGAUAUGGGUGACAACUAAGAUUGAGCCCAAUGCAGUGUCAUGGAGUUGCUUCUCAACAGUUGAUGUUUCUGAUUUGAUAUUUAAGGGUUUAUCUUCGAGUUUAUUCAUCGACCAAGAGAAGAAAAGUACCAUAGUAAUUUAUAAGAACAUAUGUAGAAACAUGUUUACCUCUGAUUGCAUCACAGUUUACAUCAUUGGAGAGGGUGGAUAUUCGAAAAAAGUGAAUCUCGGAAGAGCUAUGAAUGUCGGAGAUAUGUCGUAUGCUCGCACACUAGUGUGCUCUUAUGUUCCAAGUUUAGUGGAAAUCAAUCAAGGCCAAGUAUCAUUGCCUCUAUAA